UUCCUCCAAAACAGAGGAAGUCACAUGACCACUGCACUUCCUGGUUAUUUCGGAGGAGAAUGAACUACCAAGGUCGGCUAAUUUAGUUUCCAUUAGUCCAUAUGAUGCACACUGAUGUCGUUUUUUAACCCGAUGAUGGUCCAGCCUGUGUGUCUCGUGGUGCUGCUGUGCGGCGCGGCUCGUCUGGCGGCGGCCCCCACCGGGAGGGCUCACCUGUCGGCGGCCACAGGCAGGUUCUGGCACAUCACGGACCUCCACCUGGACCCCACCUACCACCUGGCCCCAGACCCCACCAAGGUGUGCUACUCCUCCAAAGGAGCCCCCGCCACACACGCUGGCGUGUUCGGGGACUUCCUGUGUGACUCUCCGUACCGCCUCAUCCAGUCAGCCUUCGCUCACAUGGCGCCGCUCACACAGCCCCAGGACUUCAUCAUAUGGACCGGUGACAGUCCACCUCACGUCCCCGCGGGCGAGCUCUCCACAGACACCGUGAUCCAGGUGAUCAGUAAUAUGACCCAGACCAUCAGGCAGCACUUCCCCAACCUGACGGUCUAUCCUGCUCUGGGUAACCAUGACUACUGGCCACAGGACCAGAUGCCGAGCUCCACCAACGCCGUCUACCAAGCUGCUGCCCGGCUGUGGAAGCCCUGGCUGCAGCCGCAGGCUCUCCUCACGCUCUCACAAGGUGGUUUCUACUCCCAGCUGGUGAAGCCUGGUCUGCGGGUGCUUAGUCUCAACACCAUCCUCUACUACGGCCCCAACCAAGUCACCAGGAACACGACGGACCCUGCUGGACAGUUUGAGUGGCUGCAGAAGACGCUGGAGAAAGCUGCUCAGAGUCUCGAGAAGGUUUACAUCAUAGCUCAUGUGCCCGUGGGGUACCUGCCCUUCGCCAGAGCCACCACUGCUGUGAGAGAGAGCCACAACGAGCGGCUGGUCGCCAUCUUCAGGCAGUUCAGUCACGUGAUCGCGGGGCACUUCUACGGCCACACCCACCGGGACAGCAUCAUGGUGCUGCUCGACCAACACGGUAAACCAGUGAAUUCUCUUUUCGUGUCCCCGGCGGUCACACCAAUCAAAAGCGUUUUGGAGCCCUACUCUAACAACCCGGCUUUCCGCAUGUACUUGUACAACACCAAGGACUACGCGCUGUUGGAUAUCUGGCAGUACUAUUUGAAUCUGACGGAAGCCAACGAGAAACAAAGCUCUGACUGGAGGCUUGAAUACAUCAUGACCGAGGCUUUUGGACUGGCCGACCUGGGGCCACGGAGCCUGCUCCAGCUGGGCCUGAGCUUCAGGCUGCCGCAGACCAGAGCCUUCGACGUGUACUUCAGCCACUUCAUGGUGAGCUACAACCGCAGCAUCACCUGCGCAGGAGACUGUAAGCUCAGCCAGGUGUGUGCGGUGCUCCACCUGGACCGGCUGUCCUACUCCAAGUGUGUCUCGGAGGCAGAGUGGUAGCAAGGGGGGGCCGGAACAUGAUGGCCGUUUCUCAGGAGUCACAUUUAGGUCCUGGUUUUUCUAAAUAUUUUCUUGUUUGACUCUGCUUGAGUUCUAAGAAAGGGGAAUUACAUUCACUGAUUCCGCUGCGCCCAAAUAUGAAUCUACCUACUUUUAUGAUUUUAACUUCAAUUUACAAAUUGCUUUCAGUUCUCCACAUGCAGUCUAGAUUACACAUUAGAGCCCGGCCGAUAAAGGAUAUAAAGGAUAAGGCAGAUACCGAUACAAAUACUUGGGUUUUUAAAAAUCCGAUAUUCCGACAUAUCGGCCAAUUUUUAUUUAUUUUUGUUAAAUCCAGAAACGUAACAAAACAAACAGAUUUCCCCUAACAUUAGAAAUUUGUAGUUAUUUAUGAGUUCUCACUAAAAUAAUAUGACAAUUUCUUUUGUCACAACAGAACAUCCUAAUAUAUCAAACUUCUGAUAAAUAAAAUGUAUAAAAAUACAAACUUAAGAUAUGAAACUUAAAGUCCUUUGAACAAAAACACAUUAACAAAAAAAAGAAACACAACAUGAUUGAUCGUCCUUUUUUUUUAAAUAUUCAUUUAUUAUAUCGUUUAUUUGUCAUUAUAAAUGAAAAAAAAUGAUCAGCCAUUAUAAAUGCCGAUGCCAAUAUCCGAUAUAUACCGAUAAUAUCGGCCUGCCAAUAUAUUGGUCGGGCUCUAAUACAAAUUGCACAAUUUCCCAGUGAAUCAGUCAUUUCUAGAGAUGGUCCGGGACUAUUUUUGUGCCGUCUGAUUCCAAAGCCUGAACUUGUGUAUCGGCCGACUCUGAGCUCUGAUCCGAUACCAGUGUGUCGUGUGUAUACAUAUAUAUAUAUAUAUAUAUAUAUAUAUAUAUAUAUAUAUAUAUAUAUAUAUAUAUAUAUAUAUAUAUAUAUACCAGCUGUAUAAGAAAAUACAGAAUAUCGCGAUAUCUGAUAUUCUGCUAAUGUCGACUUUAUUAAGGAAACCCCUGAGACGUGAUGGCUUUCAGCUGGAUACUCUUCCUCAGCGGGCUUCAUAAACCAGGUUAAGGUGCAGUAGUUGAUUUGAGUUGAGUCCAUUACUCCUUGUUUUCCCAGCACCAACGGUUUCAACCUGGUUUCUGGAAGGAUCCUAAUGCUGCCAAAUGUCGACCAUCACUUGAGCGGAUGCUAGGAUUGGGCAUCGAGAACCGGUUGCACCUUGGACUCGUUUUAAAAUUACGAGUCCAGUUCGAUCGUUCCUUUAUCGGAAUCGUUUUUUUUCCAAAUUUAGCGACCGAUUUUGGCGGCUGCCGUACUUCCAGGCGCUUGUUGAGAUGCAGCUACGGAGCACGGUGUGCGGCGCUCUUAGGUGUGGCUUUAUUUUUUGUCUAAACUGUAAAUCGCCAUUAAGAAAAAAAUAGAUACAUUUUUCCUCUUAUCUGUGAAAUAACCAUAUGACCCAUGUAAACUCCACCGUCAAAGAAUCUGAAUAAAUAAGAGGGGAAAUCUAAAGGAAGAAUCAGAAUUAUAAACUAUCUAAAUGAGGCCCGACCCUGGCGGAUGGUGUUGAUUAAUCAGAAGUACUGAACUGUAUUUCACAGUAUUUAAUCACAGUAAAAUGACGGUGGGAGCGUUUUAAUCUUCCGUGAUAUAACAUAUUUCAAUAUGUGCUGCGGGUUAAAUUACGAGAUAGAUUUCGAUCAGAUUAGAUUAAAAAAAAAGGUUAUGUUUAAUGAAGAAUUAACCCCCCCGGAGCAGGUAACAUACUUUUUACAGCAGUCAACUCAAUAAAGUGCAACUCCACAGACAGUCAGUGAGUACUGAGUAACAGGGAGAAGAAGAAAAAGGUUUUCUUUAGUGCAGAAGUAUUCAUCCUGACAACGGCCAGUUUUUCUCUCCCUAAAGAAUGAAUACACGGAAAACAUCAUGUCACAUAUCACAGUCCGAGUAUGGAUUUUAAUUUUGAGGCUUAUUUUUAUACUAGAUAAAAGAUCUUUAUUCAAAGAAUGUGUC